GGGCAAAAGCGGUGUAAUUUAUUGAUACUGUAAGGCUAGCUGUGUCAAUAGCGAACAUAAAUACUGGGUUACCCACAAAGCUUAAGAUUUAAUUCUCUGUUUUGAUUAGAUCUAGUGUCUGUGUGACUGUGUGUAUGACUAUAUAGGACAUGUAGCGGAGUACAGUGUAUGCUACACACUUGGGAACUGAAGAUUUAGUUUUGUUUUUAUAUGUAUGUAAGAUAGUUAUUGUCUAGGCACGGUUAAAUCAAACAGUUUUCAACUACAGUUUGGAUAUUUAAAAAAAAAAAAGUGUGAUGUGCUGUGGUCUUAGACUUUAUUCUUUCUAUACUGCCAUUGCGAAGUGCAACGAUUCAGUUGGAUUUUAAUGGAGUCAUAGCCAUCAGGAUAUCUUUGUCUUGACUUGGCGUACACAAGUGUUAGUUGGCGUUGCAUGGUUUCAAACUUGUGUGCGGUAGGGUCUACUUGUUAAACCUGAACAAUGAACAGAGAUCAUAUGAACACAUCCCAGAAUCCAAGUUUUGUUGUUAUCAAGUACGGAGACGAUAAAGAAGCUCUACUCAACCCCAGGUGUCCGACACAGACGUUUGUUCAAUGCAUCAGAAGAAUCUGUGAUUGUGACAAUGACAUGGUACUUGAUUUGGUUGAUCUUGACGGACAAAUAAAAAACUUGCCAAUGUCUUCAGAAGAUUAUGCAUCAGAUUACGUCACCGGAAGAGAGACUUACGUUGUCAUACGAGUGGAAAAGGAAGGUGAAAAUGGACCAAACCGAUAUAUUUCUUUACUAAAUCAUUUAGACAAGAUCAACCCAGAUUUACUUGUCAAACUAAAUGACCUUUCAAGACCUGAACGAAGUGGUAAGAGAUUCAAGAAAACUUCUGUCCGAGGAAGGAAGCCAAUAGCAAGAUAGACAGACAAGAGUGUUAUUUAAUUAGUCUAGAAUAAAUAGACCUAUAUUGUUGAAUAAAAAAAAACACCCUUUCAGGGAAAGAAAUCCUCGAACGACAACCAAAGCUGUUCACUGUAUUUUCACUCUUGAAACACUUUUAACAUUUCAUUUUAAAGCCAAAGUAAAUUUCAAUUCAUUUAUAUUUCAAUUUAUAUUUCAAUUUAUUAUAAUAAAUAUGCAUAAACCAAAAUGAUACAGUGCAGAUAUUAUACCUUAACAGUAUCUUUAAAAUUUCAAUUCAUAUUAACCAGCAAUAAAAUUGUGUAAUAUCUAUAAUUGUUUCAACAUAAACAAACAAGGAAAGUUACUCUCAUCAUAAAAAAAUACAGCAGUCUCUUUUUCUAUUUUCCCUGUUUCUCUUAGCAAAUGUAAACAAAAAAUGUGUGUAGGGUGAAAGAAGGUGGAGGCACAAGAAAAAUUCUAUUUGCACUAUUGAUGUUUCACUGAGACAAGCAUUAUGUGCCUCAUAAUGACCCUGGUUAUGUCUGGUCUUUAGUAGAAUACCUACAUUAAUGUAAUACGUUUACGACAUGUACUACCAAUGUUGUUUUACCAGUUAAAAUCAAAUCAAAGAUUACUGUAGAAAUAAAAUAUUUAGAGCCGAAAAAAACACCAACAAAUUUGUAGACUUUUGAAUAAAUACCAACAAGUUUUGAGAUUAUCUCAGUAAUAACAAUAGCCCAAAAAAAAAAUUUAUUUAAAUGUUCAUCUGAGAACUCAGUAUAAAUCAAUAAUAACAAAAAUAAUAAUAAAGUAGAUUUUUCUAACAUUAAAAAUUACACAUGGAUAAAUUGGCUAUAUCCCACAACAAUUGUUUCAAUAAUUUGAUCACACGAAUAUUGUUUUGUACACAAACAUUGCAACAAUUAAUGUAUUUUUUUUUUUUUACAAUGUACAGACAGUGAUCUUGCUGGGUACUGGUCUAUAUUGUGAUAAGUUCAUGAAACUUUUAGAUGAUGAUUGUAAGGAUUGACUGAGCUGUAAGCCAAGGGAAGGGAGGCACCAUAUUCUUUGGUGUACAUUCUUUUGCCAUUUAAGUAAUUGUAUAUAUAUAUAUAUAUUCACAUUUUUAAAGCAAUCAAAUAUCACAUAUAUAUAUGUAUAUGAUAUUUGAUUGCUUCUUUUAAAAUGGGAAUAUAUAUAUACAUUAACUUAAAUGUUUACUAAAUGUUUUUACAAAUACAUGUGAGAAUAUAUACAUAUCUCGCAUGUAACCACAUUUAGUAGUGUCUAUUCUUAUAAUAAUACUUUUAAUGUCUAUAUUAAACGUAUUAAAGCAUAAGACUCAUGCAUAAUAUUACGCAUAAUAUUAUUACCAUUUAGCUACUAUGUAUAUUUUUGUAAGCAGUGGGGAUUCUGUUAAUGAUUUUAAAUUGUUUUGAAGAUAAAAGAUUUGAUUUAAUUUAUUUUGUAUUCCCCUUAAAAGACUAUUUUAUAACGUAAGGGUCAAUAUUUCUAUUUUAACUAAAAUAAUGUGAAUAAUGUCAGAAAAUAAAGACAAGUACAUGAUGUUUUCAAAACAUGGACAAAUCUGGUUUUACCUGUAUGAUCAUUAUACAUAUUUAUUAAAUUAAGAACGAAAAAUUAAUUUCAUUGAUAUGUUUACAACCUAGUUCUUAUAUAACUAAGUAAAGUUCCUCUUUCAGACUUUGCAAUCUAAGGGGCAGAUGAUGUAAAGGUCAUCUGUUACUAUACUCCAUGGUUAACAAGGGUGUCAUGUGGCCAGCACAAAGAACAUCCUUUAUUUUUCCAAAACUAAUGUCAAGUACCCAUUAGAGCUGGAUUGACUCAGACACUCCUUAUAAAUAUAAAAAAUCCCAGUCUUCAAACCUGGAACCCCUCAGUUCAGAAGACAAACACUCAACCACUCAGCCGCCGUGCCUCCUUUAAAAAGAUACAUUGAGAGAAAUGAGGCAUUGAUUUAUUUUACCACAAAAACGAUAUUCUUUGUUAUCAUACUAGUCUUAAGCCUGAACAAAUACAAUUAUUUUGGGAUAACAUAAUAAAUAUAUAAGCAUAGAGUAAGCAGUUUUACCUGAUUGUAUAUUAUGAAUACAUGUAAGACAGAUAAGAAUGUUACUUUUGUAGACCAGUAUAGAAAAAAACAAAGCAGCUUAAUAAUUUGUUCCUUACUGGAAGUCAAGAUCUAUAAAUGGACUGAUACAAGUCAACACGACAGAGAUCUAAUCAGAUCCAAAGCUUGUAAGCUUGUAAACAAUAACAUUUAGCAAAACACUCAAAACAUUGUUUACUGCACAUGUCAAAUAGAUAUAAAUAUUUAACUAACAAUGUACUCCAAAGAAAACAAAAUUUAACAUAUGGUCAUUCCUUUAAAUAUACAGUUGUUAUGUACUGUUUCUAACAUAAUCACCAUGCAAUAAAAAUAGUUAAUAUUUGUGCUACUACAAUGAAAAAAAAAAUAUGGUCAUGGUGUUACACAUUUUUGUUUACAUUUUUACUUAUUUUAUUGAAAUAAUUCUUUGUAUAUACACACCAAUAGAGACGCUGCCUGAAAAAAAAAAAGAUUAUUUUGCGAAUUAUUAAUUCAACAUAAACUCUUUUAAAUAACACAGUAUAUUAUAAUUAUCAACAAAAUGGGCCUAUGAAAAAAAGACAUCUGAUUUAUGCUGAACUAAAAUGACAAAAAUUUAUAAGCUUUCUGAGAAAAACGUGCGGAAUUUAAAUUUUCUUUAUUGCAUGACUAGUUUUUAUCUGUGUGUGGCACUACUGCUAAAGAAUAUUAAUUUACAAUUUAAUAAAAAAACAUUUUUCUUUUAGAGAUGAAAAAAAAGAUUCUAAAUGAAAUUUUAUAAAUCCAAUCAAGCAACGCCACCUGCGCUGGCUCGGACAUGUUUGCCAGAUGGGGGACAAUCGCAUCCCGAGAAUCAUUCUGUACAGGCAACUUGCGUCUGGUUCAAGAAAAACUGGUCGCCCCCACCUCCAUUAUGUUGAUGUGAUAAAAAGGGAUUUAAAAUCAGUAAACAUUGAUACUGACCAUUGGGAAGACAUAGCUUUAGACCACACUAGUUGGAGAGACGGUGACCAUGAAAGCUAUAGACAGCGAGAAAACAUGGGCCUCAAUUCUUUAAAAGCGUGCCACAAGAUAAAUGGCCAGCUCCUCUACCACAUAGCGAACUCCACCUUGACAUGCAAUAUAUGUGGACGGGAGUGUCUCUCUAAAAUAGGGCUCCACAGCCUUAUGCAAAAGUGUUCGAGAUGAACCAUAGUCGUUUCACGACUGAAGGAGGCCAAUGAUAAAUCCAAUCACUCAAAACAUAUUAACAAAGGCCAUUAUUUCUAAAUUAGAGUUAACUAUGUACAAAACAAACAAACUCAGCAGAAAAUUAUAAAAAAGCAGCAUACAAAUUUAAACAAAUUGGGAGUAAAAAGAAGAAUUGAUAAUUUUUUAGAACAAUUUGAAAUCAAGAUUUGUUUGCUAUUUAAUUAGCCUGACACUUAUCAGAUGGUUGAAGAACAAAUGUACUGCUUCAGUCAGGGGGAACAAUACUGAAACUAUUCAGUUAGAAAUUCAUGGCAUCACACAUGACAGUUAUGCCUAGAAACUACUUUAUUUUAUUGUUAAAACUUUUUAAAAUUUUAAUUGCUAUAAAGAAUGUAUUGCAAUUUGAUAAAAAUAUUUAUUUGUAAAUAAGAAUAUAAAAGCUAAUUUAGAAAAAAAAGAGUUGAAAUAAAAAUCAGUAUAGCGCUACAAUAACACAUACAAUCAAAUAAAUUUCUACAAAUGUAACUCAUUAUAUAAUAAAAAAAAAAAAUUGGUAUUUUUUAUAUGAAAUAUAUAUAAUAUAAAUUUAUCACACUGAAAUCUUCCCAUUGACUAGUUAUAAAUACAAAUAUUUGGCUUUGAUUAAAAGACAGAGCAAAAACAAAAAAA